AAGAUAACGUUAGACUGUGAAUACAGAAACUGAGCAAAGAGAAACAAAAAGAGAAGUAGCAAAUGGCGUCCACAGCAACAACUUGUUUGCUCCACAAUUAUAGCUUAGCCAAAAACGCUAAUGUUGAAACAGCCAAAUUAUCAGAGAGGACCUCAAUUUUAACAAUUGUGGCUCAAAAAAAAGCCAAGAAAAUACGAAAGAUAAUACUGAAAGAGGAUAUUACACAGUUGGGGAAAAAGGGGGAGCUUUUGGAUGUUAAAGCUGGAUUUUUUAGGAAUUAUCUGCUACCAUUGGGCAAAGCUCAAAUUGUGACACCUACACUUCUCAAGGAAAUGAAGAUGGAAGAUGAGAGAAUUGAGGCUGAGAAACAACGGGUGAAAGAAGAGGCACUACAGCUUGCUCGAAUUUUGGAAACUGUUGGAGCCUUCAAGGUGAAGCGUAAGGGUGGGAAAGGAAAGCAAAUCUUUGGAAGUGUCACUGCUCAAGAUCUUGUUGACAUUAUAAAAGCACAGCUACAGAGGGAGGUGGACAAGAAAAUUGUCUCUCUGCCUGAGAUUCGAGAAACUGGAGAAUAUGUUGCUGAAUUGAAGCUGCAUCCAGACGUUACAGCUCGAGUAAGGUUGACUGUGUUCGCCAAUUAAGCGCAGGGGCUUUCUGGAGCAGUUCAUGCCAAGUUAGGAAUUUGCUAUGUCUGCUCUCUCGGUCAAGGCUUGGGCUUGUGACACGUGAUUCAAAAUUGCCAACAAUUUUAUGGUCCUCUCCCCUCUUCUUUUUGGUUUCCCGCCCGGUAUCCGGUACUCGCACUGGGAUCGACUAAAUUCGGAUUCGCGCCGGGAAGUCCCACCUUAGGAGGUGAAGUGCUCCCUAUCAAAGGUGAUUCCAUACCCAAAGCUUGAAUCCUAACAAAGGCGACUCCAUACCCAAGGCUCGAAUCCGAGACUACUGGUUAAGGCUGAAGGAGUAUUUCACUAUGAGGCUAUGACUCAUGAUGGCAGAUAAGUCAAACCCUUUUGAAGUUCCACCUUUUUUAUUGGAGAACUCAAAUUCUCUAAAUUAUAUACAACUCUCUUCAAAACAAAAAUCAACUUCAUGUGUUCUAAGAGACUAAGACGAAUAUCAUGACCUGCCCGUAUUUUACUCUUUCCUCGUGCUGUCCCAACCCUGCUCGCAUCGAAUUUGGAUAACGUGGUUGGUUAGGUUUGUGACAGGGAUUUUGUUUGGGGAUGUUACUCCUCGUAGUUGAUAUGCAUGAAUAUGUUAUUGUCUUGGAUAAACCUGCAUGCAACUUUUAAGUUGUUAAGAUAUACAUAGUCAAUACACUUGAUGUAGAUUUCUUAUCCAGAACUGCUGUUUU